AUGAAAGAUCAGCGAUACAGAUCUUUUAAUGACAAACGGAAAACCACAGUCACACAACACACGGAACACCACAGUCACACCACACACGGACAGCCACAGUCAUACCACAUACGGACAACCACAGUCACACCACACACGGAACACCACAGUCAUAUCAAACACGGAACACCACAGUCACACCACACACGGAACACCACAGUCAUACCACACACGGAAAACCACAGUCACACCACACACGGAACACCACAGUCACACCACACACGGACAACCACAUUCAUACCACACAGGGACAACCACAGUCACACCACACACGGAACACCACAGUCAUACCACACACGGAACACCACAGUCACACCACACACGGAACACCACAGUCAUACCACACACGGAAAACCACAGUCACACCACACACGGAACACCACAGUCACACCACACACGGACAACCACAGUCAUACCACAUACGGACAACCUCAGUCAUACCACUCACGGAACAACAUAGUCAGACCACACACGAAACACCACAGUCAUACCGCAUACGGAACAGCAGAGUCAUACCACACACGGAACACCACAGUUACACCACACACGGAACACCACAGUCAUACCACUCACGGAACAACACAGUCAGACCACACACGAAACACCACAGUCAUACCGCAUGCGGAACACCAGAGUCAUACUGCAUACGGAACACCACAGUCACAUCACACACGGAACACAACAGUCACACCACACACGGAACACCACAGUCAUACCGCAUACGGAACACCACAGUCAUACCGCAUACGGAACACCACAGUCACACCACACACGGAACACCACAGUCACACCACACACGGAACACCACAGUCAUACCACAUACGGAUCACCACAGUCAGACCACACGAGAAACACCACAGUCACACCACACAAGGGACACCACAGUCAUACCACAUAAGGAACACCAAAGUCACACCACACCCGGAACACAACAGUCACACCACACACGGAACACCACAGUCAUACCAAACACGGAAAACCACAGUCACACCACAUCCGGAACACCACAGUCACACCACACACGGAACACCACAGUCAUACCACAUACGGACAACCACAGUCACACCACACACGGAAAACCACAGUCACACCACACACGGAACACCACAGUCACACCACACACGUACAACCACAGUCGUACCAUAUACGGACAACCACAGUCAUACCACUCACGGAACAACACAGUCAGACCACACACGAAACACCAGAGUCAUACCGCAUACGGAACACCACAGUCACACCACACACGGACAACCACAGUCAUACCACAUACGGACAACCUCAGUCAUACCACUCACGGAACAACAUAGUCAGACCACACACGAAACACCACAGUCAUACCGCAUACGGAACAGCAGAGUCAUACCACACACGGAACACCACAGUUACACCACACACGGAACACCACAGUCAUACCACUCACGGAACAACACAGUCAGACAACACACGAAACACCACAGUCAUACCGCAUGCGGAACACCAGAGUCAUACUGCAUACGGAACACCACAGUCACAUCACACACGGAACACAACAGUCACACCACACACGGAACACCACAGUCAUACCGCAUACGGAACACCACAGUCAUACCGCAUACGGAACACCACAGUCACACCACACACGGAACACCACAGUCACACCACACACGGAACACCACAGUCAUACCACAUACGGAUCACCACAGUCAGACCACACGAGAAACACCACAGUCACACCACACAAGGGACACCACAGUCAUACCACAUAAGGAACACCAAAGUCACACCACACCCGGAACACAACAGUCACACCACACACGGAACACCACAGUCAUACCAAACACGGAAAACCACAGUCACACCACAUCCGGAACACCACAGUCACACCACACACGGAACACCACAGUCAUACCACAUACGGACAACCACAGUCACACCACACACGGAAAACCACAGUCACACCACACACGGAACACCACAGUCACACCACACACGUACAACCACAGUCGUACCAUAUACGGACAACCACAGUCAUACCACUCACGGAACAACACAUCACACCACAGACGGAACACCACAGUCACACCACACACGGAACACCAUAGUUAUACCACAUACGGAUCACCACAGUCAGACCACACGAGAAACACCACAGUCACACCACACAAGGGACACCACAGUCAUACCACAUACGGAACAUCAAAGUCACUUCACACCCGGAACACAACAGUUACACCGCACACGGAACACCACAGUCGUACCACACACGGAAAACCACAGUCACACCACAUCCCGAACACCACAGUCACACCACACACGGAACACCACAGUCAUACCACAAAUGGACAACCACAGUCAUACCACACACGGAACAACACAGUCAGAACACACACGAAACACCACAGUCAUACCGCAUACGGAACACCACAGUCACACCACACACGGACAACCACAGUCGUACCAUAUACGGACAACCACAGUCAUACCAUUCACGGAACAACACAGUCAUACCACACACGGAACAUCACAGUCAUACCGCAUACGGAACACCACAGUCAUACCGCAUACGGAACACCACAGUCACACCACACACGGAACACCACAGUCAUACCAAACACGGAACACCAUAGUCAUACCACAUACGGAUCACCACAGUCAGACCACACGAGAAACACCACAGUCACACCACACAAGGGACACCACAGUCAUACCACAUACGGAACAUCAAAGUCACACCACACCCGGAACACAACAGUUACACCGCACACGGAACACCACAGUCGUACCACACACGGAAAACCACAGUCACACCACAUCCCGAACACCACAGUCACACCACACACGGAACACCACAGUCAUACCACAUACGGACAACCACAGUCAUACCACACACGGAACAACACAGUCAGAACACACACGAAACACCACAGUCAUACCGCAUACGGAACACCACAGUCAUACCGCAUACGGAACACCACAGUCACACCACACACGGAACACCACAGUCACACCACAUACGGAACACCACCGUCAUACCACAUAAGGAUCACCACAGUCAGACCACACGAGAAACACCACAGUCACACCACACAAGGAACACCACAGUCAGAACAGACACGAAACACCACAGUCAUACCGCAUACGAAACACCACAGUCAGACCACAUAG